CCCCCCAAAAGUCAAUCAGUUCCAUUUGUCAACGUCUGCAAGGCUGAAUGGUAUCCUAUAUAUACCUGGGGAGUUCUUGACCACAAGAAAACACAAACAAUCUCUCCAUUUCUGGUUUCUGAUCACCAGAGUCAAAUAAUCAACUCCCACGUCCCACUAGUUGCAGCAAGAGAACGAAGCAUGGCAAACACUUGUUUCCUGGCUUUCGCCAUUCUCAGCAGCGUCCUCUCCGUCGUUGCCAGCCAGCUCCGGCCACUGCCUGCCGCCGGCCUCCCGGACGAUCUUUUCAGCCUGGGCAUCGCGCCGAGGAUCCGCACAGAUCGCAACUCGACGGCGAAGGCGUCGACGGACUUCGGCCAGAUGGUGAAGGCCGCGCCGGAGGCCGUGUUCCAUCCCGCCACGCCCGCUGACAUCGCCGAGCUCAUCCGGUUCUCCGCCUCGUCGGCCGCGCCGUUCCCCGUGGCGCCGCGCGGGGAGGGCCACUCCUGGCGCGGCCAGGCGCUCGCACCGGGCGGCGUCGUCGUGGACAUGAGCUCGCUCGGGCGCGGUCACCGCGCGCCACGCAUCAACGUGUCCGCGGCCGGCGCGGAGCCGUUCGUCGACGCCGGCGGAGAGCAGCUGUGGGUCGACGUCCUCCGCGCGACGCUGCGACACGGCCUGGCGCCACGCGUGUGGACGGACUACCUCCGGCUCACCGUCGGCGGCACGCUCUCCAACGCGGGCAUCGGCGGGCAGGCGUUCCGGCACGGCCCUCAGAUCGCCAACGUGCAAGAACUCGACGUUGUCACAGGGACAGGCGAGAUGGUGACAUGCUCCAGGGACGUGAACUCGGACCUGUUCUUCGCGGCUCUGGGUGGAUUGGGCCAGUUCGGGGUCAUAACCCGGGCUCGGAUCCGGCUUGCGCCGGCGCCGAAGAGGGUGCGCUGGGUUCGUCUUGCCUACUCGGACGUCGCCACUUUCACCAAGGAUCAGGAGCUUCUCAUAUCAAAUCGGACUGGUCUGAUCGGUUUCGACUAUGUUGAAGGCCAAGUCCAGCUCAACCGGUCCUUCAUCGAAGGUCCUAAAUCAACACCGUUCUUCUCCGGCACCGAUCUUGCUAGGCUUGCUAGGCUCGCUUCCAGGACUGGAUCCGUGGCAAUCUACUACAUCGAAGCUGCCAUGUACUACACCGAGGACAAUGCCAUAUCCAUGGAUAAGAAAAUGAAGGCACUCCUGGAUCAGCUUAGCUUCGAGAAAGGGUUUGUGUUCACCAAGGAUGUGACGUUCAUGCAAUUCCUCGACCGGGUGCGGGAGGAGGAGAGUGUGCUCCGGUCAGCCGGCGUGUGGGAGGUCCCACACCCAUGGCUGAACCUCUUCGUCCCGCGGUCUCGCAUCCUCGACUUCGACAAUGGCGUGUUCAAGGCUCUCCUCAAGGACGCCAACCCAGCUGGGAUCAUUCUCAUGUACCCUAUGAACAAGGAUAUGUGGGACGAUCGGAUGACAGCAGUGACCCCAACCAUGAACGACGACGUGUUUUAUGCUGUGAGUAUGCUGUGGUCGGCAUUGUCCAUGGAUGAUGUGCCCCAGCUUGAGAGAGGGAACAAGGCGGUGUUGGACUUCUGUGAUCAGGCAGGCAUAGAAUGCAAACAGUACCUGCCACACUACACGUCUCAAGAUGGGUGGCGACAACAUUUUGGGACAAAAUGGAGGCAAAUUGCUGAGCUAAAGGCCAGAUAUGAUCCUCAGGCAUUAUUGUCGCCAGGCCAGAGGAUUUUCUCGAAGCCAGUAGAGGCAUCGGGCAUUGCUUCUGCCUGAUUGCCCGUUCUACUACUAGUAGUAGUAGUAAACAAAAAUGAUUUUUCGUAUAUAGAAUGUACAUGAUAGGUGUUUCAUAGUAAGAUAGGUCUAGAUAGUUUAGUUCGUUUAUGUAGCACUAAAAUUAUGUAGUCAAGUCAAAAAAUUUUAGCCUUCAUCCCCAUUACUGAUCAAGAUUUCCCUAUUCUACAAUAUGCUGACGACACCCUUAUCUUUAUCAAAGCCUGUCCCACUGAACUUGCUCAUUUAAAAGGCAUCCUCUCCUCCUUUGCUGAAUCCUCAAGGCUUAAAGUUAAUUAUUCUAAGUCCAUGAUGGUUCCCCUUAAUCUGCACCAAGAUGCAACCCAACCUCUUGCUCAAAUUCUAGGUUGCCCUAUUGGUGACCUCCCUUUUACCUACUUAGGUCUCCCCCUUUCCCUUUCUAAACCAUCAGUAGCAGACUUCUGGCCACUAACCACUAAAUGCGAAAGAAGGCUUGCUGCUUUCUCAUCCUUUCUCAAUGAAGCAGGCAGAUUACAGCUCACUAACUGGAUUUUAACUGCCCUACCAAUGUUCGCUAUGAGCAGCUAUCUGCUCCCUAAGACCAUAGUGGA